CGGACAAUGCGUCCUUCAUUUACAAGCACAAGACAUAAUGAUUUGAUAAUGUAAAUGGGAUUUUAUAUUUUAUCACAUGGACACAAUAUUCAUAUUGACAGUGGAUGGAGAAAUGUGUAAUGAAGAUCUUGGAAUGAGAGACGGGAGCAUUCAAAAUGACCAAAUAUUAGCCUCAUCAUUCUCAAAACGCAACCCACCGUUCUUAGCACGGCCUUUCUCUACUGGUUGGUGCAUUGACAAAACGAUGGAUGCAAAUCCUUGGAUUAUGGUUGAUAUGAAAUCAAAAACAAAAAUUGAAGGGAUGACUUUAAUCCUCAUGAAAGAAGAUGUACAUACUUUUUCAAAUGACAUUUGGGAGUCUUUUCAUCUUUUAUAUGGAAAUCAGACGGACAAUUUAACUGACUUGAAGUUAACUACUGAUGUCGACACAUUUACGUCUGAACAGUACCUGUCAUUCUUUCUUCAAAAUGCAGUUACAACUCGUUUUAUAAUGCUACGAUUAAAUGGAAGUAUUGGGGUAAAUCAAUCAUGUCUACAAUUCGAAAUCCAUGGAUGUAAACUAUCAG